GUUCGGUAAUUCAGUCUUGUAUUGAAAACGAGGCCAAUUUUUCAGUUUUCAAAAUUUUCAAAAUUUGUUUGUCGAUUUUCAAUGAAAUUAUGUAGUUCUGUUGAUAUUAGCACUGUUUAACUUAAUUUAACGACGAGGAUAUAUCUCAAGGUUCACCCUUAAGGAGAAACUAAACAGUGGUUUUAAAUUAUGCCUUUUGGGAAACAUUCACCGUUGACCUGUUUGGUGGAGUUUGAUGGAAUCAUCAAAGGGCAGCUCAGGGGAAACAUUGUCACUGAAAUGCUGAAGUAUGUUCUUUACCAAAGACAACAGAUACCUCAGACAUAUGAACAAUUAAAACAACAGGAACAGUUAAAACAACAAGAACAGUCCAAGCAAGAUAAACAACAAGAAGGUGAAACACUUCAGUUGAAGAGAAAGGGACCUCAAAAAUUACAAGUCAGGAAACUCAGCGAGGCUUUAGAAAAUAUUGAGGCCCUGUUUCAUAACAUUAACCAAGCAUUCAGCAAUGUGAACUACAUAAAUCAAGUAGUUAUAACGCUCGGAGGUACUCCAAUCAGUCCGAAAGAGACUUAUAUUAUAAAACUCCCAGGUGGAGUAUUUGAGGGGUCUAUCCUCUCUAAGAAGGAGGUUAUCCAGACACUUUUCAGAACAUUGAUUUCGCAAGAUUUACUUGGAGAUUUCCGUAAUAUGUCAACUACAAACUCAUAUGUAUUAUUACAAGCCCCGAGAAAUAGUGAAAUGCAGUGGUUCGAACCUAAAGCAGCAUACAAACUACCAAAUCGUGGAAAAAUAAUUGAAGUUAGUUUAGUAUGUAAUCAAGGGAGCAAUGCACUGGAAGCAGACCUAACUAAUGUGAGUUCCAGCGAUUUUGAAAUAUCAGGGAUCUCUCCUCUAGAAAUCUCCACUGUGAGUACAGAAGGCACACUAUGUAACAGCUUGAACGAUAUGUCGAUAAAUGACUCAAGUUUUGCAUCCCAAGAUGUUGAUAAAGAAGUGUCACCUAACAGUCCCGAUGCUAUGGCAACAUCUGAUGUUGAAGGACAUGACAGUGAAUUUAUAUGGUACCAGGCACCUGUUUCUGUGAGAGGCUUCAGAGACAAGCGUGCCAGUGCUAAAAUGUCCUCAUGUAUGGAUAUUUGGGCAUGAGUGAGUUUUACGAAUUCCACCACACAAAUAUUAUGUGUUUGUAACUUAUUAGCAUAAGGCUUUUGAAGCAAAGGUUUUCUGUAUAAAUGUGAUAUUAUGUCACCACCAGAAGUGGUGAUGACAGUGUGAAUCAUUAUUGACCGAUAUUAGAUACCAUAAAUUCUUGUAAAAAGACCAUGGACACUUAAUUUAUUAAAUGAAUGAAUUCGAAGCCCCAGUCACUUAAAUUUCAUCUAAUAAUAACAAGUAAUGGCCCUAACUUCAAAUUAACCAAUGAAAUAAACGUGUUGAUACGAUCCAUUGAUAAUUAAUGCUGAGGCAUUUUUAUGAGAGAAUCAGUUUUAUUUUAUGAAUACUGGCCCAUGCUCCCACAUCCUUCACUGCUUAUUGCUUAUAUGCUGGGCUCACUCCUUUUUAUUUAAUGGUUAUUUUAGUUUAGAACUCUAAUCUUUAUAAAGGGUCCUCUAGCGUGUUGAAAUAUUGUGCUCUAUUUCAUCAUUUUGUG